CAUGUCAGUCGCAGUCGGACAGACUUGUCAGUUAUUUUGUUUAUUUGAAUGUUAGUGGCGACUUUUUAUUCAAUAAUUCGAAUAUUUUAUAAUAAUCAGCGUUUUCCUUGGUUGUAAUUUCUUCAGUGGUUACUCACGCAUAUUGAAACAAGUUUUGGUAGAAGUUUAUUACAAAAUUAUCUCAAAAAAUGGACACAGAAGAUCUAACAAAGGAAGAGCAAUGCGAGAAUUUAAUGAAUAUCGUCGUUGAAUCGAGAAAACGUUUCGGGAAAAUGUGCAUCGAUUACAACCAAAAAUCGUCUUUAAUGGAAAACAAAAUGUUGAAUCUACAGCUUGAAACAAUAUCCAACUAUCGCUUUAAGUCCAAAAAUCCCUUGCCCAAUGUCGACGUCGAAGAAAUGUGCAAAGAUAUUGACGGUUUCGCAUCGGAAAUUGUCGAAAAAAAGAAUUUGGUGGACAAACUUAAGAAGAAAGUUAAAGAUAACAAAGAGAUUGUAUUGCAGUUGAAACAGGACAAUGUUGGGAGGAAAGUGCACCAUCCAGUUACUGCUGAGAGUAUGUUAGCUAAUGCAAAAGCAAAAUUGGCAAAAGAAACUAAGGAUGAUGUAGUUAUUGAAUUAUAACGAACAUUGUAUGCCUUAAGUGCUCAAUAUACCGUCAGUGUGUAGGCAAAAUAAUGUAAGCACCAAAAAGCCACUUUGCGAAAACACCAUUUUAUGCUUUUUGUAAAAAAAUUACAUAACAUUCUACCCAUUAUGUUAAUUACAUUUUUGUGCCAUGUCUAGCAAAUAUUAGUGAUACAUAUCAUAAACAUGCACUGCUAUAAGCUACUUGACAACCUAGUCAAAUCAGAUACUUUUUACGAAACGUCAAAAGCAAAGUUUUCUUUGGAAAUACUGUCCUAUGACGUCAUCAAUAAAAGCGGUCUUACAUACUCAUUGUUACUUUAUUCAUAAAUAAAAUUCGAAAAUAA